AUGUUAUAUGAGAUCAGUGCUGGCGGCGCACGAGGCGACCUAUACUGCUUCGAACUGUGGUGGGUGGACAAGAAGACCGUGCUGCAAAAGGUUGAGAGGGGACGCCGGGUGGCGGAGGAGAGAGCUCAAAACCCCCGUUGGGCUCGCACGGUUGAAGAGGAAGCCACAGAGUUGUCCUCUUGGUACAAAACCCGACUUCCCACACCUGCAGACGGGGGAGUCCAGAGAACUACUAGAGGGGUGCGUUUAGGGCAGGGCUCAUAUGGUGAGGUCAGGAAAGCCAUCGAUCUUGACUCCGGCUACAACGUUGCUGUCAAGAGCAUCGCUCUGCCCGAUAAAUCGGCACCGUCUGACCUCGAGAGCUCCAUAUGGCGCGAGGUGAAAACUCUUUCUACCCUUUCCCACAAGAACAUCGUUGAGUACCUGGGCUCAAACGGUUGGGGCACAAAGACUGUCUACAUAUACACGAGCCUCAAACCCGGAAAUGUAAACAACAUGUUGGAACAAUAUCCCAACACGCGCCUUCACGACGACACACUCUCACAGCUGUUGCAACAGAUGCUAGAGGCACUCGAUUAUCUCGCAUUUCGAGGGCUAUGCCAUCGAGACGUUAAGCCCGAUAAUAUCCUCUACACACCGAUAGGCGAUAUGAAAUGGAUCUUCCAACUAGCAGAUUUUGGCCUGGCGAACCAACAGGAUUUAGCGCGCACAUACUGUGGGACUCCAAUGUUUGUAGCCCCCGAAAUCUACUAUCACCAACCUCAAACAACGAAAUUGGACGUGUGGUCUCUCUUUGUCACCAUUGCUAGCAUCAGGCAGCCAGCAGACUUUGACGAGAAGAGGUUGAAGGGAUAUGAAGACGUACUCAACCAGGUCAGAACGGCUGCCACCAACCUUCCCGCUCUCAAUCCUAUGGCGCGUGAAGAUCCCGCACUACGAGCCUCCGCGGCACAGAUGCUUGUCCAAUACUUUCAAGGCGGUGGACUGACAACGCCACGAGCACGAGUUGGAUCAAUACCCGUUCCAGGUGAUGGACUGAGUCGUUUGCCAAGGCCAAGUCCAUCAGAUACCAAACCGAAAGCACCGGUGAGAGUAGACGCCAUCCGCAAGCGUGGCCGCCUGGCCUCCCCUAAGCCAUCGAUGAAUCACAGGGAUAAAGCGCACUCUGGCCCUGCCAAAGAUCGAGUCAGGAAAGAUGAGAGGAGUGUUCCCGGUGCAUUCCCACAGUUUGCUUAG